CAUAGAAGCCAAUUAUCAAUUAACCACAUAUAACAUUUGUUUUUGCUACAAUGUAAAUCAAACAACUAUAUGUCAGUUCAAGAAACUUUUCGCGCCAUAACCACAAAACACCCUCCAACAACCAGAUUUCUGCAACAAUUCCUCUUCAAUCUCUUCCAAAAAGUAAACACCAUCACAGAAACCUCCCAAAUCCACACCCAGAUCAUCAUAAACAACUUCACCCAAAAAAACUUCAUUAUUGUUAAGCUGCUUCAAUCAUACAUACGUUCCGGUUAUCUUCAUCAAGCCCACCAAACUUUUGCACAAAUCAACAAACCUAGCAUCACUUCCUGGAAUCAAAUAAUUAGAGCCUUUGCUGGAACUGAUAAUCCUCAUGAUGCAGUUAACCUGUUCGAUGAAAUGCUUGAAUCAGGCGAAAAGCCGGAUGAGUACAGUUACUCGUUUGUGAUCAAUGCGUGUGCUCGUGGAAAGUUGUUAAGAUUGGGGGAGAAGUUUCAUGGGAGGGUUUUGGUUGGUGGGUUUGUUUCGAAUUUGUUUGUUCAAACUAAUUUAGUAAAUCUUUAUGCGGUGGGUGAAGUGGAGAAUGCACGUAAGGUGUUCGAUGAAAUGCGUGAGAGAAAUGUGGUGACUUGGAAUACGCUGAUUGCUGGGUAUGUUAAGUGUGGUGACAUUGAUGGGGCGCGUGGAGUGUUUGAUGAAAUGCCGGAGAGAAAUGUUGUUUCUUGGACCACAAUGGUUUCUGGGUAUGCGCACGAUGGGAGGUGUAAGGAAGCAUUGUUUUUUGUUCGUGAAAUGUUGAAGUCUUGUAUGGAACUGGAUCAGGUGACUUUGGUUGCCGCUUUAUCUGCUUGUGCGGAGAUUGGUGAUUUGAAAAUGGGGAGGUGGAUCCAUUCUUACGUUGAUAGAAAUUGGCACAUAACGAAUAAAAAACGCACAGUUCGUGUGAACAAUGCACUCUUACACAUGUAUGCUGGUUGUGGUGUUAUUGAUGAUGCAUAUGCAUUAUUCAAACGUAUGCCGUUAAAAAGUACUGUUUCAUGGACCACCAUGAUCUCAGGUUUUGCAAAACAAGGUCGUGGCAAAGAUGCUUUAAACGUCUUCCAAUGGAUGGAAAACACACAAAAUGAUGGUUCAAAACCGGAUGACAUAACCAUGCUAGUUGUGUUGCAUGCUUGCAGCCAUUCUGGUUUGGUUGACGAAGGACGCCAUAUCUUCAAAAACAUGAACAAGAUUUGGGGAAUUGAGCCCAAAAUCGAGCAUUACGGUUGCAUCGUUGAUCUUCUAAGCCGUGGUGGACUCUUGGAUGAAGCUCAUAAGCUGGUAGAUACUAUGCCCAUGGAGCCAAAUGAUGCGAUCUGGGGAGCGUUACUUGGCGGUUGUAGAAUCCACAAGAAUGUAAAUCUUGCUUCUCAAAUUGGUCUAAAGCUAGGUAACAUGAAGCUUGACGAGGAUAAAGCGGCUGCGUAUUUGGUACUAUUGUCGAAUGUGUAUGCUGGUGCGAAGAAAUGGAAAGAUGUUGCCAAUAUGAGGGAAAAGAUGGUUGAAUUGGCACUGAAAAAGCCACCAGGAAGAAGCUGGGUGCAGAUAGGUGAAGCGGUUCAUGAAUUUUUGGCAGGUGAAUGGAGUCAUAGGCAUGCAUCUCUGAUCAGUGAUAUGCUUCUUUUGAUGACAGUUGAAGCAAAGUUAACUGGUUACAAGCCUGAUGUUUACCAGACAGCACAAGCUUAUGUUCCCCUUGAUAGUCGUUAAACUGUUUUAAGAGGAAGACUGACCUUAUAUCAAACUAUACUAUUAAAAUAAUAUAUCAUCAUCAUAUUAAAAUU